UAUGCGUGGUGGUCAAGCUAGCGCCAUUGGUCCCCUCGCCAAGUAAACAUGCCCUACGCUUGCGUGGUUUUCGGUUGUUCGAACCGUUCGAAUCGCGAGAAGGACAAACGUUUCUUCAGAGUCCCCCGGGAGGUCACCAAGGAGGGCGGGAGAGUGCAAGGUUUUCGGAAACGACGACGAGAAAAAUGGCUGUCGAACAUAGCACUGCAGUCCAAGGGAGCGGAGUCGAAGAACGCGCGCGUCUGCAGUGACCACUUCGUGAAAGGGCAACCUGGUAAUCUCUACGACGAUCAAGACGUGGACUGGGCUCCGACGGUGAAGAUGGGUCACGACACGGUCAAGGAGAAGCCCAAAACGCGAGACGGAAGAGGCAAGACACAGCAAGAGAAACGUAAACUCAUCGAGGGCGCCGAGGCCCUGCUCGACUUCCACAAAGUGUUGAGGAUGAAAAUGGAGACUCCGGAACCAGAACCGGGGGAAACGGACGAUGGUUCAACUGAUGUCAAGGCACACGAAAUAGCCUGUCAGACGGACUUUGCCGAAGAGAUGGAGACUUCAGAACCAGAUUCAGAGGAAGUUAACCAAAGUCCGACUCCUGUCGAGACCCGUGAAAUAGCCUCCCAGACGGACUUGAAGGCAGACUAUAUUACCCGCAUGGAGGAUGAGCUGAUAAGCUUGAACUCUGAGCUCUACGGGCUGCGGGCCAAGGUACUGGAAACAGCUUUGACUAAGGAGGGAUUUGAAAAAAGCGAUGCCAAAACUAAGUUCUACACGGGCUUUCCCAACUUCCCUGCUUUGAUGCAACUGUUCAGCUUGUGUGAGCCCUACAUUUCUGUCAGUCCCAUGUCUUCUCUGGACAAAUUUCAACAGCUGCUUUUAGUGUUGAUGAGACUACGACUCAACUUGCCAAUUUUAGAUCUGGCGUACAGAUUCCAGAUUUCACAACCCACAGCUUCCCGGAUUUGUAACAAGGUGCUGUCUGUGUUACAUGAGCGACUUCAGUUCUUGAUCGAAUGGCCUGAAGGAGACUUGCUCAGACAUCCAAUGCCCAAGGUCCCCGAAAUAGAUCCAGGGGAAACCGACAAUAGUUCAAUUGAUUUGGCCGCUUUGAGAUCUUCGUUGAAAGACCUUCAAACUUGCCUGCUCGCGCACAGACCUGGUCAAACUACAAGAACCUCAACCAUGCCAAGUUUUGAAUUGGUCUCAUGCUCCGAGGACUUGUUCGAUUCAUUUCUAGAAUCUGGGGAGGUGGCGUCGGUGACAGGGAAAUGACUGGAGAAAGUGGAGUUCUGAAAAAGUUUGUUGUGUCAGCUGACCGUGGAUUUGUUUCUUACUGUGCAACUUUAAAAAUCCCUGCGUUCUCUAAAGGGAACUUCAAUUCUUGAUCGAGUGGCCUGAAGGAGACUUGCUCAGAGCUCAAUUGCCCAAGGUCCCCAAACCAGAUCCAAGGGAAACUGACAAUAGUUCAAUUGAUUUGGCCGCUUUGAGGUCUUCGUUGAAAGACUUUCAUACUUGCCUGCUCGUGCACAGACCUGGUCCAACUACAAGAACCUCAACACUGCCAAGUUUUGAAUUGGUCUCAUGCUCCGAGGACUUGUUAGAUUUGUUUCUCAAAUCUGGGGAGGUGGCGUCGGUGACAGGGAAAUGACUGGAGAAAGUGGAGUUCUGAACAAGCCUAUUGUGGAUUUGUUUUUUUUAAAAGUGCCUGCGUUCACUAAAGGAAAGUCCUGGCUGUCAUCCUAUGUAGACGAAGAAACCAGAAAGAUAGCUGGUGUAGGAUUAUGUGGACUGAGUUGUUGGACUGGUCAGGAGGAACUGUCAGACUUUACAGAGUAGAGCAAUGAACAUUGUUUGAUUUCUUUGCUUAAUCCAUUCCGUAGUUCACUCGUUAGCCAAAAAAUGUCUAUAGAUUAGCCACACGCUUUUUAUAAAUCACAAUGAUUUCAAGUUUUGAAUUAAAUCCUGGAAGAUGGUAAACGAUAGAAAAGCCCUCAAAUUAUUGUCUUUAUUAGACGAAGAACCCAUUGUUUUUAUAUAUAUAUAUUUUUGAAUUGUUUUUUAUAUUUUUAUGUUGUCUCUUACUUUACUUAAUUUGAAAAAACAUAAUAUUUUUCUAUUUUUAUGUUUUUUUUUAUUUUAUAGUAUCUACACGUUGAAUUGUUCAGUUUUUAAAAAUCUACAUCACAACAGGGAAACAAAAUAGUGUAACAUUUUAUUAUUUCAUUUUGUUAUUCAAUUUUGCACCUUUUUUUUACACCAAUUUGUGAUUAUUUAAAACAAAGUUAAAAAAAAACGGGUAUUAGGGAAGAUAAAGCAAUAAAGUUGUUGCUAUUGUAUUGAAAUGUUUUAUUUUCAGCCAGCGAGUGGCGCUGUUGAGUCCCCGUGCGGCACACCAGUAAGCAAGCAAAGAAGACGCAUAACGUGACGUCAUUUGCUGCACGCUAUUGUACAACUAAAAAAUCGCGAUUUUUACCUGUGCAAACUCAUUAUACUAUUGGCUAAAUUGUAUAUUUAUAAAAGUAAGUUUCUCAAUAACCGACCUGUUGUUGUGCCUUUAAAAAAGAAUUAGAACUUUACUUUAAAACGCUUUCUACCUCUUAACAACCAAAAAGCUUUGAAAACUAUGAUGCUGUGCUCCAAAUUUGUAUUAUUUACAGA